UCCAAUGGAAUCGUGCAGAACUGCCCGGUCCAUUCUUGACUCAACAAAAUGACACUUUUCUCCGGUAGUAUCAAAAUCGAGCACCUCUGGACAAGAUAUUCUGAAAAACCAUUUAAUACUCUAACAUUAGGAAAUAUACUUAGUGCUUAUUGGGACACUGCUCCCUCAAUCAUCUUGGGCUGUGAAGAUGGCAUUGUCCGUGUUCACACUUUCCCUGGGACACUUGAUGUUCUCUUCCCAAACAAAGAGAAAACAGAAGGUGAAAAACUAAUGGUUCAUACCUCCCUUGAAACUAAAGGAGGCCCCAUUCAGACUGCUGCCAUCCAUAACGUGACCAAGUUUAUCUCCAAUGAUCUCAUUGUUGGUGACUCAAGAGGGAUGUUGACCGUAUUUUCAAAUGGACAGAUCCUCAGUCGGCAGACCUUGUCGGACAAUAGUAUCAGGUGUCUCCAAGUGGAAGAAGAUGCUACUGGUCAUAUGUCUAUAGUGACUUGUGACAGCCUGGGCCUUGUCAGUGCUUCACUUCCAUACAACCCACUGUGGAAACUUCGGCUCAGCGACUUUCCACUAAUUAAGGGUUUGCCUGUCUGCGCCAAGGCCCUGUUGACAGUCUCCCUUCCAAAUGCUGCCAGUCAGAAAUCAAACUAUAUCCUCGUGUCUGAUCAUCAGUGCCAUCUAUAUGUCAUUCAACAAGGUACCAUUGUGAUUAUGUUGGAUACUCCUGGAGUAGUUACUGCGAUGUGCCUCGGCAAGUUCCUGGUGAACCUUGAACCUGCAGGACCACCCUUCUCCAACAUCGAUUCGUCCACAGGAACACAGGUCGCAUUGGGGACAGAAUCUGGAGGCGUUUAUCUCUUCUCUAACUUCGAGAUUUACCAGGAUGAGUAUGCUAAUACUGAACUACCUAUCACCAGCCUGACUGCACUGCCUGCCGCUGAGGGACAGGAGGUGGACUCAUUACUCUGUGCUGGACAUUUUAAUGCACUUUGCAUUUUCAAUAACGGCAAGGAGGUAGCCCGACACCAGACCCCAGAUUGGGUGACAGCAGUGGUGACCACUGACAGUGGGAAGGUCGAGAGACCCGCCCUGGAUAGGAAUCCACAGAUCAUCUAUGGAUGUCAGGAUAAAAGCAUUCACUCCAUCAAGAUCGAGUAUACGUGAGUCUCAAGCUUAUGCUGACAAGGAAUACAUUGUCACAACCUGAUACAAGACAAUUCCAUCUUGCUUGAAGCUAGCUUGAGGACAUGCCAACUUGGACACUGAAGACAUUGUCACAAUCUAAAAGAGAUGUUUAUUGUUACAGUUACUGGGUACUCAGGUCGGGGGCAUCCGGGACAGAUUUGUAAAGUCUGAUUUUGGAACAUUUAUCCACAAUGGAGACAAAAGUAAUGGCACAUGAAGACAAUGUCACAAGCUGGUCGCAAGUGCCCUGGUAAUGUUGAUACUGUCUUCGUGACUAGUGCUCUCUCAGGCAGACUUGCUCCCUGUGGCAUCUGUUCAUAUGCAACAGAAAGAAUGCACCGAUUGACUAGGUUUAGUUACCUGUAAUUCCAAGUGAUUGCUGUUUGUAGCAAGAAGAUCAGAUUGAGGGAGAGUAUGAGGAAUGAUGCGAAGCAUUGUCCCAAUUGGCCAACUGCCCAACACCAGUUCUUGAGUGGUGGGCAGCACGGUUCUGGAGAUCACAUCUUCAAAUAUAAAGAUACAACCUUACAUCAAUAUACCAAUGUAAAUUAUGUUCAUAAAUGACUAUUGUUUA